UAAUACUUUGUACUCCGUCAUAAGAACAUCACUAUCCUAACCCAGUCCAAAGUGAAAUCCUCAGAAUAGUGAUCAUACCCAACUAGUGAAAAACAUCUCCGCUGUGGCGGGAUGAUUUUGUGGCUGUCAGCCUGAUCGAUCAUUAUUGGCUGCUGCUGUUGUCUCGUCCUCCCUUCCAGCGAUCCUGGCCUUCCCUCCGCACGCUCCGUCCCGUUUCUGCUGGCCCCCAAAAUAAUCCUUCUCUCCCUCGUUUUCGCUUUCUCUUUUUUUCUUUUCAUCUCAUUCCGUCUGUGCUCUCAUCAUCAACGGCUUUGUUCUCCCCGAGGAGACGGUGACUGAUGAGACCUCGUUUCUCCUUCCUCUGCUAUUUUGUUGUCCUCCACACAUUGUAGUCCUCCACAAUGCGGUGGCGGCUGCCUGGCGCCCGUUCGACUCUCCCCGCCGGCGUCGCCCUCCUUCUGCUCCCUGUUCUUGUCGCUCCGCAGCAGCUUCACGAACAUGAUCCUGUGCCUUCGAGUGUGUCGGUCCCACUGGGCCCGACCGGUUUACAACAACACCACCAACACCCUUCUAUCCAUGUGAAAUCCAACGAUGCGAGCGCCCUAGCAACUCUGGCUCUGGCGGGCUCCGGCCGCGCCGUUCGAGCCCCUCCUGCCCAGGCUAGCAGUCCCUCUGCUGGUCUGGCUCCGCAGCUUCAUGCGCGGUCUCUGCAGGACUGGGAGGUUGAGGACUUUGUCCUGCUGGCGACCGUCGAUGGUUCCAUUCACGCCCGUGAUCGCAAGACCGGUGCUGCUCGUUGGGCCCUUGAGGUCCCGAGCAGUCCCAUGGUCGAGAGCAUUUACCACCGAGCCAAUCGCUCCAGCUUCGAUCGUACCCAACCCGAAGACGAUUUCCUCUGGAUUGUCGAACCGAGUCAGCAUGGCAGUAUAUACAUUUAUAGUCCCGGCCCAGAUGGCGGGUUGCAAAAAUUGGGGUUGACCGUCAAGGAGUUGGUGGAUGAGACUCCUUACUCGGGCACAGACCCGGCCGUGACCUACACGGCCCGAAAGGAGACAACUCUCUACACCAUUGAUGCUCGGACGGGAACUAUUUUGCGGGUGUUUAGCUCCCGCGGUCCCAUAACUUCUGGCCAGGAGUGUCGGAAGGUUGACGGUCAGGGUUUCGAUGCCGAUGAAUGCGAGUCGACUUCCGGUACCUUGGUACUCGGCCGUGUCGAGUAUGCUGUCGCUAUCCAAAAUACCGAAACGGGCGACUCAAUCUGUACGCUGAAAUACUCCGAGUGGACGUCAAACAAUCGUGAUAUAGAUCUCCAGAGUCAAUACUUCCAGACAAUGGAUCAGAGUCAUAUAUAUAGUAUGCAUGAUGGUGUGGUUUUGGGCUUUGACCAUUCUCGUAUGGAUCGACCCCGCUACACGCAGCGAUUCUCCUCCCCUGUUGUCCGGGUCUUCGAUGUGGCUCGCUCCGGCAAUAUCGAAUCCCCAGACGCUCCUACACAAUUGGUUCUUCUUUCUCAACCACUUCAGCCCCCAGACCCAGACUAUGGCUCGUUGGAUGAAAGAGAUACGCGAGUUUUUAUGGAUUGCACUGAAGCCGGCGGAUGGUACGCCAUGUCCGAAGAGACCUACCCGCUUGUCACAGGGCGAGCGAAGAUGGCCCAAUGCUACGAGAAAGAUUACUUCCGGGAUGGGCAGCCUCUGAUGAGUCUGACGUCCGGCCAGCAGCGGGAUGCCCUAGUCGGAGUUCAUUCACUCAACGGCCCACGAGUCAUCCGCCGUAAUAUCCCUAGUAUCUCUGGGUCGUCCGGUGCUGAAUUUUCCAACGAUACCCCCCGAGACUUGAUACGAGAUCCAUCAGAACUGGCACUGCCACCAGCCCUUAGACAUAGCACCAUCAUCCGGAAGGGCUGGGACAAUGCAAUCGACAUAUUCGUGACACUGUUGCUACUAUUCUUUGGCACCUUUAUUUACUUCAAUUCCCACAACAUACAAGAGCUAGCGAAACAAAAGCUCGAUUUGAAGAACAUAAUUUCGUCUUAUGGCCAUCCACCACUGUCCACCCCGCCGACACCGUCUGUGGGCCCUCCGGAGAUUAGGGAGGACAGUACUCCUGUCCGACCGGUACCUAACGUUACUGUCAACGUGAACGUACCCGAGGAAACCAAUGGGGGCGAUGUUACCCCCAAGCCCAACAAAGAUGGAUCUAAUCUUUCGCCCGAAAGUACCCCGCGCGUACGUAUUCGAGAACCGUCGGUUGGUCCGAGUGGUGAUGAAGAAGGGGAAGACGCCGACAAGCCUAAGAAGAAGCACAAGCGCGGCCGUCGUGGAGGCAAGAAUCACAAGCGGGGUAAGAAACCUGGCUCUGAUGGUGAAUCCAAAGACCAAGCGGAUCGUGUGGUAGACGCGGUGAACAAUCUUCAGCCCCAACCUCGCCUUGAACCCGAUGUGCAGCUGUCCCGGACAGUGUCUCAGGAAAUGGUCGAAAUGGAUGGCGUCCUUCAAAUUGGCCGGCUCCGGGUUUUUACCGAUGUUGUGUUAGGACAUGGCAGCCAUGGAACUGUUGUGUACCGAGGCUCGUUUGAUGGACGCGACGUGGCAGUCAAGCGUAUGCUUGUGGAAUUCUUUGAUAUCGCUUCACAAGAAGUUGGCUUGCUCCAGGAGAGUGAUGAUCACAACAACGUUAUCCGAUACUUCUGUCGAGAGCAAGCAACUGGCUUCCUGUAUAUUGCCUUGGAGUUGUGUCCUGCAUCGUUACAAGAUGUGGUUGAGCGGCCCUUUGACUACCCACAGCUGGUUCAGAGUGGACUGGAUAUGCCCGACAUUCUGCGUCAGAUCACCGGUGGUGUUCGUUACCUGCAUUCGCUUAAGAUUGUCCAUCGAGACUUGAAGCCGCAAAACAUCCUCGUGGCCAUGCCUCGAGGCCGCAUGGGAUCCCGGUCCAUGCGGUUGCUUAUUUCUGAUUUUGGCCUGUGCAAGAAGCUCGAGGACAAUCAGAGCUCUUUCCGUGCCACCACAGCACACGCCGCAGGGACAUCUGGUUGGCGGGCCCCGGAAUUGCUGGUGGACGACGACAUGAGCUCAGCUAUACAGGGGGUAGAAUCACAGCAUACCGAAUCCUCUGAGCCGGCUGUAGUUGACCCCCAAACCAACCGACGUGCCACCCGAGCUAUUGACAUUUUCUCACUGGGUUGCGUUUUCUACUAUGUUCUCACACGAGGCGGUCACCCCUUUGAUAAGAACGGCAAAUUCAUGCGGGAAGCGAAUAUCGUGAAGGGAAACUAUAAUCUUGAUGACCUUCAGCGCUUGGGUGACUACGCCUUUGAAGCCCACGACUUGAUUCAAUCUAUGUUGUCUUUGGAUCCUCGAAGACGCCCCGAUGCCACUGCCGUGCUGAUGCACCCGUUCUUCUGGCCUCCAUCGGACCGACUCAGCUUCCUCUGCGAUGUUUCGGAUCACUUUGAAUUCGAGCCUCGUGAUCCUCCAUCCGAUGCACUGUUGUGCCUGGAAUCGAUUGCACCCCAAGUGAUGGGUGAGGACAUGGACUUUUUGCGUUUGUUGCCCCGGGAUUUCAAAGAGAGUCUGGGCAAACAGCGCAAGUAUACGGGUUCUAAGAUGCUGGACCUUUUGCGGGCGCUGCGCAACAAGCGCAACCAUUACAAUGACAUGUCUGAACAUCUCAAGGCGCACAUCGGCGGGCUGCCAGAAGGAUACCUGAACUUCUGGACAGUCCGAUUCCCCAGUCUGCUGAUGAGUUGCCAUGAGGUCAUUCAGGACUUGGAUCUGACGAGGAUCGACCGGUUCAAGCGCUACUUUACUCCUCCUGAAUAG